AUGGCUGGAGAGACGACCGCCGCCAAUUAUUCCCCCGACCUCACCGCCCCCUCAUUAUCUGCACCUUACAGACUGGACGAGGGUUACUCAGACGAGACCAGAAGCCAGGUGGACAAGGAACUUGUGGAGCCGCCCUCGGAUGAUGGGAUGCCUCUCCCGGAUUGGCUUCUAGCUAAUAGCGAAGAAGAUAGGGCUGAGAUUGCCUACAGCUUAUUACGCACACUAUCCACUUCUACCGUGGCCGCGCUUGUCGACCGCCUUGCGCCUGUGUUGCACAUGGAUCCCGUUGUCAAACUCCCUCCCGAGAUCACCUCCGAGAUCUUCUCCUACCUUGAUCCUAAGACUCUCUUGACAGCUUCAUUGGCAUCUCGCGCCUGGCAGGGCCGUAUAAUUGACUCUGGUCUGUGGCGAGGAAAAUACAUCGAUGAAGGCUGGCGCGUCGAUAUCGAGGCGAUCCGUUCAUUCGAGGAAAGGCAAUCCAAACUGUCGUCCCCUGCUCUUCGUAAAUCCCGAUUAAGGAACGCCGAUACAGAUGUCGGAGAACCGAAGAAUAAGAAACGAGUACCUCCAAGCUGGUUAGACUCGCGAACGACAGGAUAUGUGGGCAGUUACAUAAUCGGGCGGCAAGAUGGACAACAAACGUCUGCGGAGGCCGACACUGAGGGUGAUCAUCUCAUGAGUGAUGUCGCAAAUGACCAGAGCGAGUCAACUGCCUCUGGGCACCAGUUAGACUCGAACAACAUUCGAGGGUCUCAGACAGACCUCUCUCGCACCGCGCAUGGACCCACGUCCUCAUCAGCUCACUCGGCCCCCAAAUCAUCUAUUUUGCUACGGAUGCCUAACGGUGGUGCGAGAAUUAACUGGCUUCAUCUCUAUAAGCAACGUAGACGGUUGGAAGAGAAUUGGAAUCGAGGUCGCCUCACGAAAUUCCAGAUUCCCCACCCUGAGCACUUGGCGGAGUGCCACCAAGAAUGUAUUUAUUCAAUCCAAUUUUGGGGAAAUUGGCUGGUGAGUGGUAGUCGAGAUAGGACUGUCCGAGUUUGGAAUAUUGAUACACAGAGACUGCGCUAUCGUCCUCUUGUGGGCCACUCCAAAUCGGUGCUCUGUCUCCAAUUCGAUCCCCGACCUUCUGAAGACAUUAUUAUGACUGGGAGCAGCGACAAGAGCGUCAUUUUGUGGCGGUUUUCCACCGGUGAGAAACUCAAAGAGAUUGCACCGGCUCAUCAGGACUCUGUGUUAAACCUCAAAUUUGAUGAGCGUUAUCUUGUCACAUGUUCCAAAGAUAGGCUGAUAAAGGUUUGGAAUCGGCGUGAGCUCAUGCCCGGUGACAAGGACUAUCCUGUCGUCCAUCAUGGGGCUGGGUCUAUAUUUCCAGCGCACAUUGUUGAUAUAAACGAACUUCCUUCCCCUAUUACAGAAACCGAGCUGGCCAAGCGUCACAUACGCAACCUUGCUCCAUACUCUCUCUUGAUGACAAUCGCAGGGCAUGGGGCUGCAGUUAAUGCUAUCCAGAUAAGCGAAGAUGAGAUUAUUUCCGCCUCAGGUGACCGGUUAAUCAAGAUCUGGAACAUCCGGAGCGGUGUCUGCAAGAAGACCCUUGUGGGCCACGACAAAGGUAUCGCAUGCGUUCAGUUUGAUGGCCGGCGUAUCAUCAGUGGAAGCAAUGAUGACUCCGUUCGUAUUUUCGAUCACAGCUCGGGCGCGGAGGUUGCUUGUUUAACUGGUCACGCCGACUUAGUAAGGACCGUCCAAGCCGGCUUUGGUGACCCACCAGGAGCCGAAGAGGCUAUGAAGUUGGAAGCUCUGGCCGUUGAUAACGAGUUCCUCGAUGCUCGGCGCUCCGACGAAGCUGUAGACUAUGGUCCAAGGGCUCUCAGACGUGCCGGCCACCGCCAGAACACGGCCGGUUCCAGAAACCCAAAGGACAUUAAGGCUUUGGGUGCUCAUAUCCCACCGGGAGGAGGCGGAAGUAAAUGGGCUAGGAUUGUUUCGGGUUCGUAUGACGAAUUAGUGCUUGUCUGGAAGAAGGACAGAGAUGGCGCCUGGGUUGUCGGCCAACCACUGUCUCACGUGAAGACUUUGAAGCAAAUCAACGGAGAGGAUACUGAUGAUGAAAUUCCUCCUCCUCGUGGUCCACGGAACGCCUUUGCCCAGCAGGCUCAGAGAAAUCGGCCUACCAACCCAGCUGCCGGCCCAGCAACGAAUCGUCCUCAGCUUCAACAGCACCUACCAGUUGUGCAGGCUCCAGGAGCGGCGCACCACCAUCACCAUCACCACGCAGCGCGGAACCAACAAGCCCGUGGAAAUAAUAACAAUAACAAUAACAAUAACGACAACAAUCCGCCGCCAUCCUCCAGGGUCUUCAAGGUCCAAUUCGAUGCGCGGAAAAUCGUCUGUGCCACCCAGGACCCAAGGAUAGUGGUAUGGGACUUUGCGGACGACGACGAAGAGAUAAAAGAGGCUUCUCAGUUCUUUACGGGGCUUUAA